AUGAGGCCCAUCUGCCUAAUGUUGUUUCUUGUCAAGUUUGCGUGUGGUGUGCAUUUACCAAGCGAGGUCUGUAAGAUGUAUAAUGCCUGGGGCAACGUUUACAUCGGGGGAAUAUUUUCCCUUCAUGGUGACGGAGGUUCGGUGGAGAAGUGCGAGGUUCCACUCCCCGUCUCGGCCCUUCAGUUGACCGAAGCCAUGGUCUUUGCCGUGAAUGCUAUCAAUCAAAAUCCCACAGUUCUGCCUAACAUCACUCUGGGGUUCCGAAUCUACGAUGACUGCUCCUAUAUGAACUACGCUCUAUGGGAGUCCAUGGCACUAGUCAUAGGGGCACAACCAGUUCUCCAAACAAGAAGAGAAAAAGAGACUUGCAAACUCCCCGGACGGCCACCAGGACAAGCAGAUCGGGUAGUUGCCAUGGGCUUUGUAGGAGCAGGAACACAUUCUUCAACUGAAUUGGUGCUGAGUACAGCAACGCUCUUUAAGAGACCUGUUAUAUCGUAUGGUGCGACAAGCUACGAACUUUUUGAAGACAACGAAGAUGGUUAUUUCUUCACCACCAUACCGUCUGAUAGACAGAAAGCACGGGCCAUGGUUGAUUUACUUGUUCAUUUUGAGUGGACGUUUUUCUUAUUGCUAGCUGCAGGUGACGAUGAAGCUUGUGCUUUCGGGAAGCAAGUUAUCGAGCUUGCAACCGACGCAGGGUUGUGUAUUCUCGAACUUGGUCAUGUUGAGGAUGAGGACGAUGAAGAACUGAAACGUGUAGUGAACGAGUUAAAAGACCAACACGUAGUGACCGUACUGCUUGUGAGUUCAUCCCCAUCCUCUGCUAAUGCCGUAUUGGAAGCUGCCUCCACGGCAUCCUUUGCAGAUGUCACAUGGAUCGUGAGCAGUCUAUUGGAAGAAGAGGACUUUACAGUAAAAAACCCAAACACCAUUGGUGGGUUAUUCAUACGUUACCACAACCCGGAGCUGGUAGAAUUCGAAGAACACUUUCGCUCUCUGGUCUCGGGUGUCAACAAAACUUCUAAUCCCUGGUUCGAUGAGUUUUGUAAAAAUGCAGACGUCUGCAAAACAUCGAGUGAGAGGGGGUUCAGCGCAAGAGUUCCGACUCUUGCUCCGGUUUUAGACGCGGUGUUCGCUAUGGCAUACGCACUGAAUAAAACAAUCAACCAGGAUUGUGAAGACGGUCUCCCGGACUGUCUCAUGAAUGAGCCUAAGGUUGACAACAACAUUCGGAACAAUGUCAAUGGUGUGUCUUUUCUCGGAACCAAGGGUGAUUUCCGAUUCCAGAACGGAUCUGUUCCAGGGCACUUUGACAUUGGGAACAAACAGUGGGUUGAUGGUAUGGUUAAGAUGAUUGACAUUGGUUCCUGGCGAUCAGACGACACACCGCGAUUAGAAAUAAACAAUUCCUUGAUACGAUGGUCUCGGAACAGCAGUGAGGUCCCCAUCUCAAGAUGUUGGAAAAGAUGUGGCAUUGGGAAGGUCGUUGUUCCUGUCAAUGUGCAAGAUGAGGGCCGUCACGGAUGCUGUAAAUGUGAGAAAUGCACAGAGAACAAAUGGCCCAUUAAUAAUUACACUUGUGCUGAGCUCAACAAGAUUGUCCUAAGCUGGCAAGAUCCACUGGUAGUCAUUCUGGCCAGCGUGUCAUCAAUUGGAUUACUCCUCUGUGGAUUAACAUCAUACGGUAUGAUAAGACACCGUCAUCAUACCCUGAUCAAGGCAACGAGUCGCGAACUCAGUGCCGUCAAUAUCGUCGGAAUCACCCUUGCGUUUGUUGCCGUGUUCCCGCUCCUCUCGACACCGAGUCCGGGUAUCUGCGGCCUGGCCAAGACACUCUACGUCGUGUCUUUCACCGUCAUGUACGCCCCCUUCUUUCUGAAGGUUAACCGCAUCUAUAGAAUCUUUGAUAGCAGCAAAAAGUCAGCUAAGCAGCCAAGAUUUACCGGAUCUACUGCUCAGCUUAUGAUUGUCGCCAUUUUGGUCGUCAUACAGUUCAUCAUAAUCAUGAUCAGUGCACUAGUGAAACAAGAAACCUGGACCUCUGAACAAGACCUCUACGUCAAGACGCAUGGUUUCAAGAACAGGAACGUCUUCUGUGAAUUCGGAGCUGCAGGGAUAGUAGCAUCGAUGUCUUACAACUUCUUACUGCUCCUUGCAUGUUGCUUCUUCGCUUACAAAGCUCGUAACGUCCCCGGUAACUUUAACGAGGCGCGGUUUUACGUGAUCAGCAUUUAUACCAACAUGUUACCGAUUGCGGCUGCCGUGCCUCUGUUCCUAAACGCGGCACUAGUCAUACAGAUCGCUGUCGCAGUCUGUUUGAUGCCUAUUUUUAAUGGAUACGUUACUUUGUUGGUUGUUUACCUCCCUAAGCUUUAUGUUAUUCUAACCAAUAAGACAGAUGAAGGGGGUAGGGAUAGGUCACUAGGUGAACCGAGUCGAAUGGGUACAUCCUCUAGCCCUCAGGACCGUAGGUCUUUUGUUAUGGGAAAGGGUAGCGGAAAUAAAGUGCAACCGUUUGAUAUCUCAAAUACGGGCGGGGACGACUAAGUGUGGGAUCGAUGUUAACGUCAUGGUGACUAAAUAAUGAUUUUCAAAAAUCGCGAAUUCGCAUUUUGUAC